AUGGCACCUUAUGAUCAAUUUAUCCUGUUUGGUGAUAGUAUCACUCAGUGCUCAAAUGAACCAAACGGAUUCUCAUUUGCAUCUGCAAUCCAAAAUGCAUAUGCCAGAAAACUCGACGUCAUAAAUAGAGGCUUCAGUGGCUAUACUACCAACCAUGCACUCGAAAUACUCCCAAAAUUCUUUCCUUCCCCUUCUCAAGCCAAAGUCCGUUUUCUUCUCAUCUUCUUCGGUGCAAAUGAUCUCAACCGUGGCCCCUCUACAAAGCAAUAUGUGCCUCUUCCGCAAUUUGUUAUUAAUCUCAAAGCCAUUAUCUCCCACCCUCUCAUUCGAGCUCACUCUCCGAAGAUUAUUCUUGUGACGCCGGGACCUGUUGAUGAGGCAACAUCUAGAAUUAUGAAUAUUGAGUGGGCAAAUUCGGAUGAACCUAGACGGGUUAGUUGGACGAGAGAAUACAGGGAUGCGGUGAAGAAAGUUGGAGAGGAAGAGGGACUAGGUGUUGUUGAUAUUUGGAGUGCAUUUAUGGGGGCUUGUGGGUGGAAAGAAGGAGAUGACCCAGCGGAGAUGCCAGGUCUAGAAGAAAAUGGCAAGGACAAAAAGCUCACGAAACUGCUAUACGAUGGUCUACAUUUCAGCGGCGAGGGCUAUAAGAUUCUGUUUGAUGAGGUGACGAAGUUGAUUGCCGAGAAGUAUCCAGAUGAGACUCCUGAGAGCAUUAAGAAUCCCAUUAAGAUGCAGUGGGAAAUAGAUAUAGGCUGGUAG